AUGUGUGAGGAACCCCGUGGCCCUCACCAGCCACACUAUGAAAGGCCCAGACAGCAAGUGGCAACAUCUCCAAAGUUGUCAGCACAAGCAGGUUGUCAGCGUAGUCCUGCCCUCUGCGCUCGAUCACAAGAUCAACAAGGACGAGACUGUUUUUCCUCCAGCACCACAUCAACCUGUCAGUCCAGUGGAGAAAAACCUAGCAGCGCAAACGCACAAGACCUGCGCAGGUGUCCGAAACCCAGGAUCUUAUGUCACAUCUCCAUAUCCGUAGAGAUCCUAUCAGAACACAUCUUUGCGCUCAACCAUGACUCUUUCUGGGGUUUCGAGAGUCGGUGUAGUCCUAUUCCAUCUCCUGAAGUGCAGCGCUCCAUGCCAGUCGAUGUUCUUCUAAAGCCAGAUGAUAAUGUGGACAUGCAGAAGAUUGUGGGGCAAUUCCUCCACAUGAUAAACUUCACAGAUCAGGGGCCCAAGCAGAGGCCCCGAGACGCUCGUGUUGAGCCUCCAGAGUACAUGCUGGAAGUUUUCAAACGCUUCGCCAGCGACCGCUCUGCCAUGCCCUCGGCCAACAUUGUGCGCAGUUUCAAGAAUGAAGAUCACUCAACACCCACCGUGAUGCGUAAGAGCUUUCGGACACACCCUCUUCAGUUCAACAUCUCUGUCCCGCAACACGAGCGCGUCGUCACCGCCGAGCUGCGCCUUUACACCCUUCUCAAGAGAGACCCGUGGCAUCAUAUCGGCGCGGGGUGGAAGGUGACCGUGUUUGAAAUGCAGCGGAGCGUCCACUGCCGGAAUGCCGAGGAUGUCAGCGACAGGGCAGGUGAGAGAGACCUUUGUGGAAUUCAAGAGUUGGCAUCAAGGCAUGUCAGGCGUAAGGACAGUGGCUGGGAGGUAUUUGAUUUGACAAACGCUGUCCAGAACUGGAGAAGGUCAAGAAAUCUGACCCCCAGGCUGGAAGUUCAUAUUGAACACUUGAACCGUGAUGAUGCAGCAAUACAUUCGGGAAAUACCAACGAAUGGAAUGGCCCGCGUUCUGUAGAACUGGACAUUGACCGGAACCUCAAUGGAAAACACGAGCCGGCGCUAAUCAUCUACUCAGACGAUCAUAGCGAAGAAAGUGGAAAACUCAAGCACAUGGCUGAAGAGGAGAACGAGCUGCCGGGCAUCAGUGGAAGGUGGAUGGAUGAAGAUGAGGAUGAAGAGGCCGAGCAGGACGAGGCAUUGUUAAUGCAGAUGCGAUCCAACGCAAUCUACCACAAUGGGCCACGUGUGCGUCGCAGCGCUAAAGUUGAGUACUGCAAAAGGACUGAGAUGUAUGUUGAUUUUAAGGACAUAGGCUGGGACUCGUGGGUCGUCGCACCGGCUGGUUAUCAAGCUUUCACCUGCCGCGGCGUGUGCAGUUAUCCACUCGCUUCAGACGUGACGCCCACCAAGCAUGCUAUAAUCCAGACGUUGCUCAAUUUGAAGAGUCCCCAAAAAGCCGCCAAAGCCUGCUGUGUGCCCACCAAGUUAGACCCCAUCUCCCUUCUGUAUCAAAAUCAAAAUGGCGUUGUGGUUUUAAAACAUAAAUACGAGGGAAUGGUGGUCGCAGAAUGUGGAUGUAGAUAA